AUGAUAGCCAACGAUAACGACAACAUUCAGGCAUAUCACGUCGGAGGGAAGGUUUCGAAAGUACGAUUUGUUACUCCAGCAUCAUAUUCAGAUGGAUCAGUGUUUGCAGUAACUGGUACUUGGGACGAAGAACAGGACAAUACUCUUUCACUACACCAAAUAUUUAGAACUUUGCAACCGUUCCCAACUUCACAAUUCAAUCCCUUUCGCACGAAAUCUGUAACAGAUAUCAAACAUGAAGGGGAAAUUAGAGAUCUCCAUUUUCUCUCGCAUGAUCUCUUUCUAACUGCAUCUUCGCUUGGCAGGAUAAAUUUAUUUCGCAUAGCUGAGUCGGAUCCAAAAACACAAAGCGACACGACACACAAGAUCAAACUAGAAUAUUCGAAUACAACUCACGGUUCAGGCACGGGAAGACCCUUAGCGGCGACCGGAAUAGCUGUAGAACCUAAUAAUGAUAUGAACCCAGAGAUCGCGAGUGUAGGUGAAGAUGGCAGAUUAGUGUGUUUCAGAAUCGAAGAGAAUCAGAAUGAUAUUGCUGAACAAAUAGAUGCGGCAGUGAUAAACGGAAUAUCAUGGCCAACUUCAAAGGAGAUUAUAGUAGUAACCAGCGGUGGGCAAUUGAAGAAGUUCGAUCGAAGAGAUUUAAGAAAGUCGGCUGCUGUUGCUGUGGAUAAAGACUACGCAGAAGAUUCGCUGACCUCUGUUGCAUGUAAUCCAUCACAGAUCACCCAGAUAGCGGUAGGAAGUUCUUCCGGCUUGGUGACUGUCUGGGAUAGCAAGAAUUUGUCAAAGCCAUUGAAACAAUUUCAGGUUCAUCAAGCUAAUGUUUGGGAAGUUAUGUUCCAUCCCAAUCGAGCUGGAUAUAUAUUGACUGGUUCAGAAGACGGAUCAGUGUCAUUUAUAAACCUAAGUGGGGCUUUAACAGACUUAUCAGACGUACACACUCAAACACGUCGCUCGUUCUCUAAAGCAACAAGUAUGCUAAAUCCUCUUGGUAUCAAUUCAAUCGACUAUCACCCCAUCGCCAAGCUGUUUAUCGCUGGGGGUGAUAAUGAAAAGAUACUAUUAUCGGAUUUGAGCUAA